AUGCUUAUUCUAAUUUUCUUAAAUUUUAUAAUAGGCACCCUAUGUGUUAAUAGAAAUGAAAGCAAAGUUGUAUUGGCUGAUUUGUAAUACUUAUUAAUGAAUGUUAGUUACAAUAAAAAUUCGCCAGUUUUUGCGAUAGCUCCAUAUUAUGAAUCGUAUACAAUUGAUUUAUUUAAUUCAAAAGAUGCUUUAGGAAAUACAAGCUUUAAUAAUAUAACUUCCACAAACUAAGAUUUGACUAUUUAAAUUACUCCUUUUAUUUAAAAUACUUCAGAAUCUAUAGAGUAAGUAAUUAAUACAUCUUAGAUCAGUAUUUUGUCCAAUUGAUGAAUGGGGACCUUUAUAUUAACCUGCUCGUUUCUACCUUAGUUUAACAGCUAUAGAUCUAUUAUUUUAUAAUUAAAGUGAAAAUAAAAUAGUUUAAGUUUAAAGUAGAGUGCAUAGAGAUUUAUUUGAAUUAAAUGAAAAUUUUGUAAACAUUUCUUGUUAUUCCAUAUUUUAAUUAAGAAAAGAUACUUAAUUUGGAUUAGAUUGUGAUGUUAAUAAUAAUGCUACAUUUCUUAUUUUUGAUUUAGUAUAUGAUGAAAAAUCAUUGAUCAUAGUAAAUUUCACUUUUAAUACUUAUUAUUAUUAUACAUAUAAAGUUGAGGAUAAUGAAAAUUUCCUUAAAAGAUGCAAAUUUAGAAAAACUAUGAAUGUCAAUAUUUUUGAUGCUAUUAAUGCGAUAAAAUUGGAAUUCAUUUAAUAUUGUCCUAGUUUAUUUAAUUAAAAAGCAAUUACAAAUCAAUUUUUAAUAAUUUAUCAUGAAAAGGAAAAAAGACAAAACUAGACUUUGGAAUUAUAAGCCUUAAAAAUAAAUAUUACAGAUUUAAAAUCUUGCAAAAUAGAGGAUGAUUCUAUGAUUGAAUAAAUAUUUGUAAAUUCAAUGAUUAAUGGAUAUGAUAAUUCUACUUGGAACGUUGGAUUUUUAUUUUAAUCAUCUCCAACAAUAUGUAAAUGUAACAUAUAAGAAAUGGUCUAAUCUGAUUAUUAAAUUAAUUGCAACAGUACAAUAAUAGAGCGUAUUCAUAUUGAUAUUUUAUAGUUUAUUAGCCAAAUUAAAUAAGAACUGUAUAAAAUAUGAAUGAUGAAGUAGUUUUAGUGACUGGUACUAACAUUGCAGUUUUAGUUAUUUAUUUGGAAAGAUCAUAUCAAUCUGAAAAUUAUUUUACUAUAAGUUAUAAAUAGAUUUUUGAACCAGGUUAUUUAUUGGUUGAUGUGUCUAUUACUAGUUAAUAUUUAGCUGUCAUUAUGACUGAUUCUCCAUUUUAUUAACAAAUGUCACCAUAUUAUUCUAAACCAAAUUUAUAUUGUACACAUUAAGCAUCUGGAGAAUUUAAAAAUAUAUUAAAGAUUUUUUAUUUAAAUGCUGAAUAUAUGACAGUUUUUUAUUAAACAGAUACUUUCAGUUAAUUUCAGAGUUUCUUUUAGAGUUUAAAUUAUAUAGACUUUGGCAAUUUCAUUUUGUUAUAUAAUUUCUUUAAUUAGAAACUUAAUGUUAUUACAUUAUUUCAAAAGUAUUAUUAUCAUAAUUAUAUUUAGAUAAAUGAAUGUAUCCUAUUAAUUAGGUAAAGAUGAUUUAAACUAAACUUACAAUUAACAAAUCGCUCCAGUUAUUGUAAAAAUUAUUAUUUUCAUUUAGAUAUCUUUUAAUAUUACAGGUGGAUACUUUUCAUAUGAUUAAAUUUCAGAUAUUUAUAAAUACAACAUUGUUACUUUUCGUAGAUACAUUAUUUUAUGUUUUAUCAAAUUAGAAGAUAGUAGUUUUUAAUUGAUUGCUCAAAUACAUAAACUUAAUGAAAAGGAAUAAUAAAAUUUAACCUAAUGUCCAAUAAGCAAAGAUAUAUUUGUUUUCCAAGAAAUUAUAAAUUCAAUAGAUUUAUUUGAAGGAGUAUUUUCUUAUAUAAAAUUAUUUGUAGAUUAUGGGUCCAUUUUUAAAUUUUAAUUAUGUUCCUAAUUAUAAUAUAAGUAGAUUUUAUCCAUAUUAUUAAAAUCAUAAGGCUAUUAUAAAGCAAAACAAAGUCCUAGAUGAUCAAACUGAAAAUAAAAGAAAAUAAGUAUUUAAUGUAUUGAGUGCUGUGAAUAAAAAUAUAUUUAUCACUUCCAAUAUUUUUGGGAUUGUUGAGAUUCUACUAACUUAUUAGUCUGAUGGCAAUAACAAAUCGAAUUAUGAUGAAUCUAUCAUUAUGAAUAAAACAUGUAUUAUUAAUGCAAAAGAAUAUGUAAUGAUUCUAAACAUUUAACUUUUUAGCCUAGCUUUGAAAAACAGUUUCCAAUAGAUAUCGAAAUUUAGUAGUGCACUUAAGAAGUUUACAGAGAUUUAAAUAGAUUCCUUACUCAAGUAGAUUAUUAUAAAUAAUUUGAAUAUUAUGACAUUGCUGUUUAAUAUUAAAAUUCUAUGUAAGCAUAAUAUUAUUUAUGAGAUUAGUAUAGUUGUUUGUCAAAGAAAGAUGUUCUCAGAAGUUAUUUCGAAAUGUUAAAUUAUCAAAAAUAUGAAAAAAUCAAAUGAUUCUAUUGUUUAAAUCUGUAUUCUUCAAGGACCUAUAAAAAAUGAUAGAAUAUCGUUCUUUUUUACGAUUCUUUAUCAUUCAAAUUAGUCAAAACUAUUCUUUUAUUUUUUAGAAGUUUUAGUAAAAUAAUUUGAUUAAAUAGUAGUUAAGCGAAUUUAACCCAGAUAUUUAAGCUAUUUCUUAUAAUGAUUUAGAAACACAUAAUUAGAUAAUUUCUUUUAGAUACACAUAUAUUAAUUAACAAACUUUAUUCAUUCUGUUUUCGAAUUCUUAAAUAAUUGUUUAUACUCCUGGACCCAGUAAUUCAAAAAAGGAAAUUAAACUAUAUAAUUUUACAUCAACUUUGACUAAUAUAGUUUUGGAUAUAUAUGAAUGUUAGAAUAACAGUUUUAUAGGUUUUGAAAUUACAAAAUAUUUUUAAUCAAAAUUAGCAAAAUAGUAUUUGAUUGUUUGGUGUUAGGAAUAUAAAAAUGGAAAUUAUAUUCCAAUUAUAUUGUAAUAUAUAAUUACUAAUAUUAAUUAAAUUAAUUUUUGGAGAAGAUUGCCUCACUAUGAUACUAUUUUAACUAAUAAAUCAAAAAUACUAAUUUCUGGUUUAAUUUUGUAUGUACCAAUAAUGAAAAAAAGUUUAUAUAAUGAUUAUUUUUAAAACUAUUACAUUUAUAAUUUAGAAGACUAUACAGCUAGAUCUUUGGUAGAGAAGAUAGAAAUUGAAAAGAAAAAAAAUGAAUUGAUAGUAUACAGUAUUAUUUUAAAAUUAGAUAACAUAUCCUAUAAGUAACUUAAUGGAUUCAGUGAUAGCUGGAUCAUCUAUUAGUUUAACAUUGAUUAUAACAGAAAAGAAAUUCGAAAUUUAUUAUCUUAAUUAGAAGGCUGAAUUUAUAUUUCAUCUUUAAUAAUAAUUUAUUGCUACUUAUAAUGAUUCCCCUUUUGUAUUAGUGAUUGGAGUAUUUUAACCUUAAAAGACAAAAACUCUAUUCAGGUAUGAAGUAUAUAAAUAAUAUAAGAAACUACACAUUAGUUUAUAAUUUUUCAAGCACUCAAAUAUCGUUUGCAUAUGAUGAUUCAUCAAAUUAUAAGGUGAGAGUAUAAUAGGAUAAUUUGAGUAUUACAGGAGGAUUUUAUUAGUACCUCUUUUUAGUUAAUGUAAUUUUAGUAAUAAAUUUGAUAGUAAUCUUAUUUUAAUGGACCUAUUGCAUCUUAUAAUUACUCUUAUGAAGAAGAUUUAUCAAUAGUUCCAUCUCCAUAUUUAUAGAUGAAUAAAUACUUAGGGGAAUAUAUGAUGGAUGUUUCAUUUUUUGGAGAAGUUACAUAAAUAAUAGAUUUAGGAGAUGAAAUUUAUAUUGGACUGUUUAAUCAGCUAAUUGAAAAUAGUAAUUAAUUUAAUUUAUUUAUAGUUACAUAAUAUAAUGAUUUAAUAGUUGUAUUGACAGACUUUUAUGUUCUAUUUUAUCAAAAAUAGUCUGUUCCAGAUACAAAUAUAUCAUGCACUUAUUUUAAUUAUACUUAAAAUUAUUAAACAAAUGUCUCUUCACUUUGUUCUAUUAGAUUGAUUAAAGUACAUUAGUUGAAACAAUAAACUUAAAAUUUAUAUUGUUAAAUGUAAUUAAAUGGAGUAAAUGUAUUGAUUAUAGUUUGUUAAUUAAAAUACUUUUAUAAAGAAAGUGGUAGGAUCUCAUUCUAGGAUAGAGAAAAUACCUAAUAAUUUAUUUAUUUAGAAUAUUCAUAUGUUUAAAUAAAUAAUUCUGUGAAAAUUUUAACAAAUGUCAGUAAUGAUAGAUAAUUUUGUUACUGUUAUUUUAAUGAUUUAUAACCUUUUCUUUAUAAUAAUUCGGUAUAUCAAAUGGUUAAGACUGGAUAUUAAAAAAUAAAUACUUAUUUUGGAAUAUAUUAAAUAGUCUUAACAAAUAAUAAUAAUACUAUAUAAUUUAUAUAGCAUAGUUCUUAUCCUAACUAAAAUAAUUCAUAACCAUUUUAAUAUGCAGAAGAUUUUGCCUUGACAGUAAUUGAAUAUGAAUCUAUUCAAUAUUUAUACUUAAUAAUUUUGCAACCAAAUAAUAUAUUUAUUUAGGUAAUAAAUUUAACUAAAGAUUUUCCAAUAAAUGGGCCUGGUUAAAAUCUUAUUUUUUUAGAAUCUGAACAAUAUGUAAGAAAGGAAAAAGCAGUUUUUAUUCAAGCAAUUAAUCAUUUUUAACCUCAUGUUGUGAAUCAAUCCAACUUAGAUUAAGCUUUGUCAGUUGGAAAUAAUAAUCAAAUUUAUGAAAUAAUUUUCAAUGUUCUAACAUUUUAAGCUAAAUUAUCAUAUACCUUUUAUUAAUAUUUACUAUGUCAUCAUAACUUUUUAUCUCGCCCUUAAAUAGAACUUUCAUAUUAAAAUGAUUCCAUAUUUUAUUUGGUGAGCCAAUGUUUAUCUAAUCAAUUCGAAUAUUAAUCUAUUUAAGUUGAAAUGACUUACCUUCUCAACGAAUUAAAUACUAAUAUCGUAUAUACAUCACUUUUUAUAAGUAUGAUUUAAAAUGAUUAAUUUAGGAAAUUAUAGUCGUAAUUAUUCAAGACCAGUAGAAAUCUUAGAACCUUACUUGGUUAAUCCAGAAGAAUUACAUUUUUAAAAGAUAUAAUUAUAUUAAUCUAUAGAUACUUAAAAAAAUUCAAAGUCACAUUUAUUGAUUACAAAUAGCACAUAUUUUUUGAUUGAUUUAAUAUUGUAUGCCGAAAAUGGAUACUAUUUAUAUUAUCCCAUAGUUUAAGCUAAUAAUGAUAGAGUAAUUAUAUUUGAUAUUAAAUUUAAUAGGAUCAUUCUGUAUUUUUAAACAUUACGGCUUAUAAUUCUUAUUCAAACUAUUAAGCUAAAUUUGAAAUCUUUUGGACAGAAUAAGAUAGUUAAGUUAAUAGUAAGGCAUGGUUUUAUGCAAUAUUGUCAAUAUUAUUGUUUUUACUUUUAAUUGUGAUCAUUGUAGUUAUCUAUGGUUUUUGUUAAAAAUAGAGUAAAAUUGGCAAAUAAGAUCAUAAUUUACCUUUAGAGAGAAUUGGAGAUGAUUAAAGUGAAUAUGGAGUAGAAUUAUAGGGUGCUGCAUAUAAUUAAUUAAUGUUAGGAGAUGUAUUUAAAGAUUUAUUAAGAGAUAAUAAAUCAAAGAAAUAGACUAUCUCAUAUGCUGAUGAAUUAUCAGAUUGA